CUGCGUGCGCGGUCCCGCCCGCCCGGUCCCGCCCGGCCCGGCCCCGCGUGCAGCGGGCAGGGGCUGCCGGUGGCGGAGCGGGGAUGGCGCACCCCAGCGAGGCCUCGGCGCACACGGCGGCCGCGGCCAUGGACAGCAACGUCCUGGCCAUCGUCAUCGCCGCGACCGUGUCCACCUCCGUCUUCAUCGUGGCCAUCCUCAUCCUGCUGCUGCUCCUGUACCACCGGGACCCCAUGUGCUGCCAGUUCCUCUGCUCCUGCCGCUUCUUCCGGACUCCCAGCCAGUAUGACUGUCCCCCGCCCUACUUCAGCAGCAGCCAGCGGCUGGUGGGUCCCCAGUGUGGAACGUCACGGCUGGAGAGUGCUGCUGAGAACCCUGGCGUGCAGGGAGACGAGCUGUUCUGUGUCGGACCCCCCAGCAGUUACCAGCUGCCUUCCUGGGAGCAGCCUCGUUUGCCAAGCUACGAGAGCGUGCGGAAGAAAGAUCGCCAGCGGGAAAUCCAUCAGAUGAUUGCCGAGAGGUUUGGGCUGUGGGCAGAGCCUUCCCAGGAGAUGCCGCCUCCCUAUGAGCAUGCUUUGAGGCACCCUCCAGCUUUCUCAGGAACAGUAAUGAGCUCCGAGACCCUGGACAGACGUGGCGUGUCAGACCCAUUCCAGGCCCCUCUCAGCUACCAAACUCAGCGAAACACAGCCGUGUGAGGCCUCGGCCUCAGCACACUGCUUCCACCCAUGGUGUCAGUGACAGAAGUGCCUGUGGCAUCAUUCUGGUCUGCAGGGAACGGCCAAACGUCAGACCUUCACCCAGAUUCACACUCGGCCAAGACACAGGCAAGUCAGACCCCAGGCAGCAGUACCGUCCCUCCUGCAGCACAAGGACAAGCAUGGAGCCAACGCCAGCUCUCCAGCUCCAAGCGGAGCAACCAGGGGUGCCUGUUUGCUCUUCUCUGGCAAACGUGCUGUGACCAAAGGAGACAGACCAGCUGCUUGCUUUGACACAGGGGACAAAGCCAAGGUGAAGGUCUGCUCAGCCAGAGCUCCUCCAGGCAGCUGGCAUAUCUACCUCCGUGAGGCAAGCGCUGCCAGCCGUGCCAAGGGUCAGACCUCAGUGGUCACGUCGUGCUAUUCCACUUCUUUCUUAGGUUAUAAAAUGUUUUACUUUAUCAGUGUGUUGGUUGCCAGGUGGGACUCCUCACCUGAGAGGCAGAACCAAUCUGAUCAGAGCAUUGCUGUGUGCUCCUGUGUGGUCCUCUGUGAUGGAGAGCAAUUUUGUGUGGACUUCAGCUCAAGACUGAGAGGCUCCAGGGGCUGUGUCACCUGCUGUAUGCAAACACUGACCACCAAGAUGAACUGUGUGACUGGAUAUGCAAGCUGGGAAAGGACAGAAGUGUGGACAAUAUAGCUGGUGGUCUCCACGACAAACAUAAAACAAAGGUGGACACACGUGGCUGACCCAGUUUACCCAGUUUCCUUCUGCAGAGCAGACAAUCUAAUAAUGUCAGCAUCACAGAUUUUGAUAACCUGUUUUCUACUGCAGAGACAAUAUUUCAUAGUAUUUACAAACCUGUAGAUAAAAUUAGAUCAGUUUGGCCACAAGGAAUUUGGGCUCCUUUCUUUCAAGCAAUAUAAACUCAAAAAUGUCACGGAAUGACUUGGAAGACUAAAAGGGAAGCCUUCUGCAUUAUGGCUUUCUGAUACACCUCCAGCCACUGAGCUUCAAAUACCACCCAGUCUUAUGCAUCUUACCAGGCACUCUAAAAUUAGUCAUGAGUUAGACUGUGAACUCGCCUCACGUGGCUAGUAAAUGCAAUGCUUUCAGCUAUUGGAGUUAAUCAUUGAGGUGAGUUAGAAGGAAAAAAAAAUAAUUUCCUGGGAUGCAGACUGAGGUGCCAGUGAAAAAGGAUCUGUUCUGCAGUAUUCUGAAUGAAGGUACAAAUGUAACAGUAAUGUCUAAGAGUGAGUUAAAAAUAGAAGAGAUUAUUAGGGACUGGUACUGACAGAGGAGUGAGUGUAGAGAGAACUCAUCCAGUGGCGCAAUGGGACAGGCUCUCCAAAGGAAGGCAGCUCCAGAUAUUAAAUGAUCAGAAGUAACACGUUCUGUGAACAGCCAAGACCUUCAGCAGCCCCACAGCAUUUAUUAAUCACUCUUACAAAUGCUGGCAGGUAAUCCCAGUGCCUGAACACUGACCACACGUGCUUUAGGAGCAAGAA